AUGCCCAAGGAGAAGACCACCACCCGUAAGACCAAGACCCGUGUGGAAAAGAAGAAGAAGGACCCCAACGCACCUAAGCGCGGUCUCUCUGCAUACAUGUUCUUUGCCAACGAGCAGCGCGAGAAGGUCCGCGAAGAGAACCCUGGCAUUAGUUUCGGCCAGGUUGGCAAGAUGCUUGGAGAGAAGUGGAAGGCCCUGAGCGACGAUGAACGCCGCCCAUAUGUAGAGAAAGCCGCCGCAGAUAAGAAGCGAUACGACGAAGAGAAAAAGAGCUACCUGGCUGGCGAUGCCGAUGAGGAGGAAGAAUCGUCCUAA